GUUAGAUUUGAUAUCAUUCGGAGGAUCCUGACCAAGGUCUUUGGAUGCAACGUUGUCAUGGUGAUGGGCGUCACAGACGUGGAUGAUAAAAUAAUCAAGAGAGCCAGUGAGAUGAACAUCUCACCUGCAUCUCUGGCCAGUCUUUACGAGGAAGACUUUAAGCAAGACAUGGCUGCCUUGAAGGUCCUCCCGCCCACGGCGUCCCUGAGGGUGACCGAGAACAUUCCGCAGAUCAUCUCCUUUGUGGAAGGCAUCAUGGCCCACGGACAUGCCUACUCAACGGCCAAAGGCAACGUCUACUUCGACCUGCAGUCUAGAGGAGACGACUAUGGCAAGCUGGUCGGUGUGGUCCCGCAGCCGGCUGGGGAGCCAGCCGACUCCGACAAGCGCCACGCCGGCGACUUCGCACUGUGGAAGGCCGCCAAGCCCCAGGAGGUGUUCUGGGCCUCCCCGUGGGGACAUGGGAGGCCCGGCUGGCACAUCGAGUGCUCCGCCAUGGCGAGCUCCGUGUUUGGGAGCCACCUGGACAUCCACUCGGGCGGCAUCGACCUGGCUUUCCCGCACCACGAGAACGAGAUCGCGCAGUGCGAGGCCUUCCACCAGUGCAGGCAGUGGGGCAACUACUUUCUCCAUGCCGGACAUUUGCACGUGAAAGGCAAGGAAGAAAAAAUGUCCAAGUCGUUGAAAAACUACAUCACCAUCAAGGACUUCCUGCAGCGCUUCUCCCCCGACGUGUUCCGGCUCUUCUGUCUGCGUGGCAGCUACCGCUCAGCCAUCGACUACAGUGAGGACGCCAUGCUGCAAGCCCAGCAGCUACUCCUGGGGCUGGGCUCGUUCCUGGAGGACGCACGUGCCUACAUGAAGGGGCAGCUGGCUGGCGGCUCCGUCGGGGAGGACCAGCUGUGGGAGAGGGGCCCGACACCGGGACCCACGGCGCUGCAGACCGGAGUCAGCCUGGACCCUCACCACAAGGGUGUGGUCACAGCAGGUGUUGGGCCGUCCCGGGAGGUGUCCCGGGAGAUGGCCCGGGAGCCUUCCCGCCAGCCUGGGCCGCCCGGCUCUCCGGCACCAGGGCAGCCGAGGCGGGACGCCGGGGGCCCGAGAAGCCCUGCCGUGUUUGGCGCCAUUGUCUCCUACGUGGAGCAGUUUUUUGAGACUGUUGGGGUUUCUCUGGCCCCUCGACAGACAGCUGUAAUGCCAGAAUAA